GCUGGCAGUCGUAGCACUCAGUACGCUUUGCACUGCACAAGAGUGUGGUAGAUCAUGCACUACAAGGGUGGGACCACUAUCUGCAGUGCAUCCUGAUGCAAAGUCCGAAGUAGAGUGCCAAGAACAUGAAAUCAUGACUGGCUGCAGUAGUUACUCCCCUGGCAGUAAUGAUCGAAAUGGUGACUUCUUUGACGCAGCUCUCCGUGGUAGAAAAGUCUGUACGGCCUAUAAUGGUGCAGCUAAUUCAGGUGUGUAUGCCUAUGCUCGAUGUUGCAGCUGGCCCGGUAUGUCAUGCUCAUAUUCCUACGGCAACAGGUCCUCAUCUGCUGAUGAUGCCGGAAGUAUGGCAUUUUGCCCAAGCCAGAUUGAUUGUCUAGAUGCCUUCGUAACAGGUUGCUCGGUUAAAUCACUAACGGCGGGUCUAACAGGGACGAAGCCUUUUAUGCCUAAUUAUUGCCAAGGUUAUAACGAAAUGGUGGAGAAAGGUCUUUGGGUACAUGCUGCUUGUUGUUCUGCUCCUAAUUUCAAUUGUAAAACCAAAUCCAUUCUAUCCGGCACCGGCGCGGGUGAUAAAGCUAUUAUCGGGUGUGAUGCUGGUUGGAUACUCACCGGAUGCUCGGUUCGAAGCCCGAACCAUUAUUCAUAUGGAGCCUACAUUGACGAUAAUGACAAUUGUGUGGCUGUUAAUGGUCAAGAUGGCAGAAAAAUAUGGGCUUUAGCUGUAUGCUGUAAAGAUGAAUACUAGAAUGUCUAAGAGAAAUUAUCAUGUAUCUACGGUGUGUUGGUAUAUAAAAAUAUAACAAUAACAGGAAGCAUUAAGUAAUAAAGAUAAUUUAUUGAUGGCA